AUGUCGCCGGCGCUAAGACUCAAUCCCACUACGAAGGAAGUACUUCCAUCACCAGCUCUCAGCCCUCCAUACCGAUACUAUCCCACCAGCAGCUCCACCGAAGCAGGAUUGCCCGCCGGCUGGGAGGUCCGCCACUCCAACUCCAAGAACCUGCCCUACUACUUCAACGAGUCCCAGAAACAGUCACGAUGGGAGCCCCCGCAAGGAACCGAUACCGAGAAGCUCAAGUCCUACAUGGCACAGAACCACAGCGCACCCCAGAUUGCCUCCGACAAUGCACAGGAAGGCGAUGCCAAGCCGCCCGGGAAGAUUCGUGCCGGCCACUUGCUGGUGAAACAUAGGGACAGCCGGCGCCCCAGCAGCUGGCGUGAGGCGGAGAUCAAGCGCAGCAAGGACGAGGCCAUGACUAUCAUCCUUGGGCACGAGCAAAAAAUUCGCAGCGGCCAAUCUUCUCUGGGAGACCUUGCUACCAGCGAAUCUGACUGCAGCAGUGCACGAAAGAGGGGAGAUCUGGGCUUCUUUGGCCGUGGCGAUAUGCAGAAGGAGUUCGAGGAAGCGGCAUUCCAACUCAAACCGGGCGAGAUGAGCCAAGUCGUGGAAACUGCUUCUGGACUGCACUUGAUUGAGAGGUAG